AUGUCGGGCAGCCAGCUCAACUUCGUUACCUUCAACCAGGACCACAGCUGCCUGGCGGUCGCAACCACCAAGGGCUUCCAAAUCUUCCACACCGACCCGUUCAACAAGAUCUUUAACAGCGAUGAGGGGAAUAUCACCAGCGUCGAGAUGCUGUUCUCGACCUCGUUGGUUGCCCUGGUCCGGUCACCACGGCAUUUGGUUGUGCAGAACACGAAGCGCGGCUCCGUGAUCUGCGAGCUCACGUUUCCCACCGCCGUGCUCGCCGUCCGGCUGAACAGGAGGCGGAUGGCUGUGGUGCUCGAGCAGGAGAUCUACGUCUACGACAUCGGCAACAUGAGCUUGCUGCACACCAUCGCGACAUCGCCGAACCCAAACGCCAUCUUCGCGCUGUCGCCCUCGUCGGAACGGUCCUAUAUGGCCUACCCCCUACCAAAACCGCGCGAGGACCAGGGCGGCGCCCGGCCUGCUCACGCGCCACCUCCAUCGGUCUUCGUACCGCCGACAUCCGGGGAAGUUAUUAUCUACGACACGAUAGUUGGGAAAGCCGUUAAUGUCAUCGAAGCCCACCGGUCGCCGUUGUGCUGUGUCGCCCUGAACAGCGAUGGCACGAGGGUGGCCACCGCCUCCGAGACCGGCACGAUUGUACGGGUCUUUUCUGUCCCAGAUGGCCAGAAAUUGUAUCAGUUCCGUCGCGGCACCAUCCCGUCGACGAUCUACCACAUGUCGUUCAACCUCAGCUCUACCCUCCUCUGCGUCUCUUCCACGACCGAAACCGUCCACAUCUUCCGCCUCGUUACUCCACAACACGCUAACGCCGCGGGGAGUUCGCUGGCUGAGACAGAUGCGACAGGGAACCCCCGGACUAACCGCUGGUCGCGGUCCAUGAGCAUCGACAGCGGCGAGUACUCCCCCAGCAGUAAUUCUGGCUCGUCGCCUCGCGGCGGCGACACUUUCGACUCGUCCGGGCCCAGCAGCAACAACGGUGCCUCUGCGACUAGGCGUCAAAGCGGCACCUUUGGCAACAUACUCCGGCGCUCGUCCCAGCUCGUCGGCCGCAGCGUGGCCGGCGCUGUCGGGUCUUAUCUCCCACAGUCGUUGACUGAGAUGUGGGAACCCCAACGUGACUUUGCGAGCGUCAAAAUCCCCAAUGGAGGAGGUGCUGGCGCGGGUGGGACACUCAUCGGAGGUGCUGCGGCUGGGCCCUUGCGCAGUGUCGUGGCGAUGUCGAGUAAUUCGCCGCACAUCAUGGUGGUCACGAGCAAUGGCGGGUUCUUUGUCUACAACAUUGACCUGCAUAACGGCGGCGAAGGGGUUCUCGUGCGGCAGUAUACUGUACUCGACACCAAGAUAGAUUCUUCGUUCUACGGCUCUUAG